UCUUUAUUCGUCUUGGCACUACAUACAGUAAUGUAUUGUUUAGUAGGUCUUCCCAUAUUCUACUGUUUGUAAAAUAUAAAAGGCCUUAAAAGAUGAACACAACAACACAGCCCAGCUACAGCACAUAUCAUUGAGAGAUUCCAUUUCAUUAUGACUAAAACAAAAAUCUACUUUCUACGAUUAUGCUGGUUGCCCCUUGAUGAUCGCCAUUCUCAGCUGGCGUGGUCAGUUCAGUCACAUGGUUCUGUUGAAAUACAAAAUCGAAAGUAAUUCAAGUCAAAUGGUGUUGGAUCCAGCACACACGAAGCCAUACUACAGAACGGAAUUGUUUGAAAUAAUGUUCGCAUUUUGACGGAUUCAUUGUUUGCUGUCAUUGCCAUAGCAGGCUACUAGAUCCGAUCAGUGGGAAUACUAUGGCUGCGACAAAAAUGUCUUUCAGAGGUAUUUUGAGUGCCGUCAUUCUCCUCUUCUCCGAAGGAUUGAUAUUACAGGGCCCCAGUAGUCCCCUGGUUGCCCAACUAGGAGGUGUUUUGCGGCUUCCUUGUUCUGUGGAGACCCCAUUACCUCUGGAUGACCUGGAGGUUGAAUGGAGAAGGACCGACUCAAAGGCGCUGGUGCACCUCUUCCAAGAAGGAGAAAGCAGACCAGAAUCACAGAGCGAUGCAUACAGGGACCGAGCGCACUUUUUUACAGAGAGAGAGAUUGCCAAAGGGAACUAUUCUCUACUUCUUCGCAAUGUUACAACUGACGAUGCUGGAACUUACAGUUGCGGCGUUUACACAAAUGAGGAAACCGGUGAAAUUGCAGUUGAAAUUGAAGCCAUUGAGCACUUGGUGUUGACAGGAGCAGACCAUGCUGUGACUGCCUAUGUAGGUGAAGAGGUCAUUCUGAACUGCUCUGUGGAUUCUCAUAUUCCUCCUGAAGAGGUGUCCUGGGCAAAGGUUGAUUCAGAUGAAAGCCACAUGCUAGUUCUGCUUUUUCAAGACAAUGAAACUUAUCCAGGAGAUUCAAGUUACCAAGGCAGAACAGAGUUCUUCACGUCAGAGAUCCCCAAAGGCAACUUCUCACUGCGACUGAAGGAUGUCAGGACUGAAGACAAAGGAGAGUACAUCUGUAAAGCCCACAGUGGUCUUCUAUCAGCCAACACUACUGUUAUACUGCAGGAGCUGGGUCUCUCCUCUAUGCACAUACUGGUGUUAGUGUUGUGCUGCUCAGCCAUUAUAGUGGCACUUGUUGUUUCUGCUAUGAUCCUUUUGGACGUCAAAGACAUAACCCAAAGAGCCUUGAGAAUGCACUAUGUGUUGGUCUUUGGUCCAAGUGUCCUUAUGUUCACUGCAUUUGUGUUAUGGGGUGUUAUUGAGGGAUUCCUGGGUGAGGUGGUUAUCUGCUCAACUCUCAACCUGAUUCGCUUCAUUUUGCUGUUCAAGACUAGUCUGUAUCAGGAGAAACUCCCAGAAAUAAUCAAGACCAUCAUCGAGAAAUCAUUUUAUUAUGAGUACAUCAUUGUUGUCAACGUUUUGUUUUUUGUCAUCUUCUAUAGUGUUUGGAGUGUUGGAAGAGAGAGCAAAGCCAUGGCUCUCAUGUUCAUCAUGUAUGGAUCAUCAUUACACAUUGACCGUGAAGGCUACAUCCGGGUAUGA